UGCUUUAUUUUUAUUGCUCCGUUCGUUUAGGACAAAAAAGAAGCAGCAGGAAAGGACAUUUUCCUAAGCGAAAAUUUGAAUUUCGCAGAGCAAAAUUGUUUCCUUCCCGUAGUUCUCCCAUUAUAUCGGAAAAGCGAAUGCUUUUACGCUGAAUUUAGUGGUGAUGCCGAAAGUUUGCAAUAGAUGAAGAAUUGAUUUUCUGGCGUUGAAAAUUUGGCGCUUGUGCUGUCCGCCCGAGCUGAAAAUAUCUCGGUGUGUGGUGAUUUAAACGUACAUAUUGCUAUUGUCAGCCUCAAUGUGUAGUAACGAAACACUGACUAAGGUUUGAGAUCGUCUUUCGGAAGCUACAAAGUAUGACCACCUACGCGAUGGAUAGUCAAGGUAAGUUCAUUCCGGCUACACAGCGCCCAGAUGGAACCUGGCGUAAACCAAGACGCGUUCGAGACGGCUAUGUUCCACAGGAAGAGGUUCCCCUGUAUGAAAGCAAGGGCAAACUUUUUGCGCAGAAGCCUACGCUACCGCCCGGAUUGCCCCCAGAGAUGGCCCAGAAGGCUAAGGAGAAGCGCGAAAAGGAGCAACGAAUCAAACAGCAACGAGAGGCUGCAGAAGCUAACCGCCGCUCAGCGCACAAUCCGGUUCCUGGGUUGCUCAUAUUGCAUGAUGACAAAAAUCAGCAGAGAGCUAAGCCCGUUAACUCCAAACCCAAGAAGAAAGCCGCUGAACUGCCAGAUGUAUUGCUAGAGCAGAAGCAGAAGGAGGAACAAAAGUCUACCCGCCAACAGUCACAGGAACAAAAGAACAGCAAAAUAAUGCAACAGCAGAAACGUGUCGAAGAAAUCACUAAGGAGGUUGAUGAUUUCCACCUCGGCGCUAGCUCGAGCGAAGAUCAUGUUGAGCUCAGUAAAAAGCUGCGCAAACUUCGCAAAAAGAUUCGUGAGAUUGACGCGAUCGAAGAGCGAUUACGGUCCAGCGAGGCGUCCCGUCUGGAUAAGGAUCAGAUUGAGAAGGCUAAGCGGAAGCCAGAGAUCCUGAAAGAAAUCGAAGAGCUGGAAAAGAUUCUACCGAAAUGAUGACCGGCCGGAGCAGCCUUUGGUGCUGCGCGCAUUCGUCCGUCGUUGCCAUGAGACGGAGUGACAUUCUCUGUGUACAAACAAGGAGAUAAGCUAGCCGUAAUCAAACACAACCACAAAUCCGUAUCAUAUGAUGCGAGGGCUGUUCAGUAAACAUCUAACAUUGGCCAGAUAUAUCACGUUUUAUAUGGAAUCUGUCGUUAGGAACUAUUCUUCAGAAGAAAAAUUCUAAAUUCAACAUUUCAUUCAUUAGUAUCAUUCGAAUACUAAUGCAGGAAAAGUCAAAAUUUAGAACAAAAACCUCUAAAGGAUGAAUCGCAACUUAUACGGAUUUGUAUUAGACGUGAGAUAUUUGUCUCAAGACAGAUAUACUUAUCACACAGCCCUUGUAUAUUGCAUGAGAUUUUUAAUAUUUUUCUUGUUGCGAUAGCAGCAACGCUUUGCUAUCAUGUUUCUGAAAUUUUCAUUUUCAUAACUCUGUUACACCGUUUCAUUCAUCGAGGAGUGUGGCACUUCUCGCCAUUUCUCGUUGUUCUUCCGUUUCGUUCUAUUGUACAUUCAAUUUAAAUACCAGUCAUUGUAUAAAAGAAUCACAUGAGUAAGGUUUAGCGAUCGUGAAUAAAAAAUAUAGAUCUCGGAAAACGUCGCGAAACCGUCGUUCCGUUUCCGCGAAUAGCAGUAGAAGCAACAGUAACAUAACAUAGUCCCACCACUGCAAAGCUUUUCAAGUCGGUAUGUGAAAAAGAUAGGCGCCCUCGUGAGCUGAUUCCGAUAAUGAUGAUGCAAUUUUAUUUCUCACUACUAGAAUGUCGCUCUACGAAGUCGAAUUAAACGUACAAUUGUUGAUAGACAUAGAAUGAAUUAUACAAACAGCAAAACAACAAAAAAAAACACUACCAAACUUCCAGUGGAAUCUCGUGAUAGUCAUUCAACCGGAAUAAUAAUGUUCUCGUACUAUAGCACUACACUUCAGUUUGCAUUAAAUUACACACUCGGACAGAGAAGUCAGAAAUUCCACAACUCAGUUGAACAUUCAACACUAGAAAAUCAAAUGAAGACAAACAUGAGAGCGAACAAAAAAUGCAAUUGAACAGCAAACAAUUGUAUGAAAACAAUGCCAUCGUCCACAGAUAUAGGUCGAAAACAGUAGUUUUAAUACUUGGAGGUAAACCCACACAUAAUUAAAUGUAAGUAAUAAAAUGCAGCAACAACAGAAGAUGUUUGAACGUCAA